CCUGCUGAAAAGGGGGGGCAUCGUGGGGAGAGUGGUUUAUAUAAAAGGGAAGCAGAGGAAGGGAGAGACGAGGUGCCGGCUCCCUUCUGAAGGCGCACAGAGUUUGCCAAGAAGAUUGGAGGUGCUGAGCAGCAGCUUGACGGGACGACAGUGGAUGCCCAUGACCUACAGGUCCCGGCAGCGCCAGACGCACAGUUCCAGUUCUCCCCGACACCAUCCCAAAAAAGAAAUGGCUUCCUUCCUGCAGCAGCCACUGCCAACGGGCGCAGGAGCAGGACAGAUGAUGAGUCCCCCAAACUGGCAGUUUGGGGGGAAGGAGCCCGUUUUCUUCCCCAAGGAUUUCAAGCCUAUCCCUUUGAGUGAGCAGCAGCCAGGAGGAAACAGAGACCAACAGAGCACAAAGGGGCCCGAAAACAGCCUGUUCAGCCCGUACGAGGAGAGGGUUCGGCCCUGCAUCGACCUCGUCGACUCCCUGCGGGCCCUGGGCGUGGAGCAGGACCUGGCCCUGCCCGCCAUCGCCGUCAUCGGGGACCAGAGCUCGGGCAAGAGCUCCGUGCUGGAGGCGCUGUCGGGGGUCGCCCUUCCCCGGGGCAGCGGAAUCGUCACCAGGUGUCCGCUGGUGCUGCAACUGAAGAAACAGCUGCACGAGUGCACGUGGAGGGGGACACUCAGCUACCGGAACACGGAGCUCCAGCUGCAGGACCCCUCCCAGGUGGAGAGGGAAAUCCGGAAAGCCCAGGACGCCAUAGCUGGGAGUGGAGUUGGCAUUAGCCACGAGCUCAUUAGUCUGGAGGUCACCGCCCCUGAGGUUCCAGAUCUGACCCUCAUUGAUCUUCCCGGCAUCGCCAGGGUGGCCGUGGGAAAUCAGCCCCAGGACAUCGGACAGCAGAUCAAGGCACUCAUCACCAAGUACAUCCGGAGGCAGGAGACGAUCAACCUGGUGGUGGUCCCCUGUAACGUGGACAUCGCCACAACAGAGGCGCUGAGCAUGGCCCAGGAGGUGGACCCCGAUGGGGACAGGACCAUAGGGAUCCUGACCAAACCAGACCUAGUGGACAAGGGCACCGAGAAAUGCGUCCUGAACGUGAUGCAGAACCUCACGUACUGCCUCAAGAAGGGCUACAUGAUAGUGAAGUGCCGGGGCCAGCAGGACAUCCUGGACAAAAUGAGCUUGGCAGAGGCCACCAGGAGAGAGACGCUGUUCUUCCAAAUGCAUCCGUACUUCAGAGGUCUCCUGGAGGAAGGAAAGGCCACCGUGCCUCGUCUGGCAGAAAGGCUCACCGCCGAGCUCACCGUGCACAUCAGGAAAUCCCUCCCACUGUUGGAAAAUCAAACAAAGGAGAGCCAGCAGAGGGCGAUAGAGGAGCUGCGCCAGUGUGGAGCCAACGUCCCCAGCCACGACGCUGAUAAAAUGUUCUUUCUGAUUGAGAAAAUUAAGGCGUUUAAUCAGGACAUUGAAAAGUUAAUAGAAGGAGAAGAAGUUGUAAAGGAGAAAGAGACCCGCUUAUAUAAUAAAAUCAGAGAGGAGUUUAAAAACUGGGUCCUCACACUUGCAGCCAACACCCAAAAAGUUAAAAACGUCAUCCAUGAAGAAGUCUCAAGAUAUGAGAAGCAGUAUCGAGGCAAAGAGCUCCUGGGCUUCGUCAACUACAGGACGUUUGAGACCAUCGUGAAGCAGUACCUGGAACGCCUGGUGGACCCGGCGGUCGUCAUGCUCCAGAAAGUCGUUGAGACUGUCUGGCACACUUUCACCGACACAGCCAGAAAACACUUCAGCGAGUUUUCCAACCUCAGUCAAACUGCCCAGAACAAGAUCGAAGACAUAAAAUCACAACAAGCAGAAAGAGCAGAAAGGUUCAUCCGACUUCAGUUCAAGAUGGAGCACCUGGUUUAUUGCCAAGACCAGAUUUACAGCGUGGUUCUGAGCACAGUCCGAGAAGAGAUUUUUAACUCAGUGGGAAAGCCUUCACAGAAUCUCCAGUUGAAAUCAGGCUCUUUAAAUGACCCGUCUUCGGUUUCCUCCAUCACUGAGAUCGGGGUCCACCUGAAUGCGUAUUUCCUGGAAACCAGCAAACGUCUUUCCAACCAGAUCCCACUCAUCAUUCAGUACUUUAUGCUCCAAGAGAACGGCGACCAUGUGCAGAAAGCCAUGUUGCAGACGCUACAGGAGAAACAGCAGUAUUCCUGGCUGCUCCAGGAACAGAGCGACACCUCUGCCAAGAGGAGAGUCCUUAAGGAGAAAAUUCACCGGCUUGAUCAGGCUCGGCGAGCCCUCUAUCAGUUCUCACUCUGAAAGGAACAGGCUCCCGAAAGAACGGCAGCACUUCUGGGUUUUGCUUCUGUGUGUCACGGAAGGGAGGCGGCACGGGAAGUGGCUUCUCCUUCGGGGUCGGAGUUUUCUGUUGCUGUCUGGGUCCAUCUUCACGGUCCUUCUCUCAGCACCAGAGUUUCUACCUGAAGUGCAUCCAUGCUCAGAGCUGUCUCCUCUGCCAGGAGGUCCUCCCCAUCCUCCAUGAAGAGGGAGCUCUGCAGCCCUUGUGUCCUGUAGCCUCCAGUUACAGCGUUCUUAAACACCGCUGCCGUUCUUUGUUAAUUUGUCACCCCUCCCCAUUCGACUGUGUGACCCCAGAGGAGGGGUAAGGUCAGCCUCUUGUUCUUUUGUAUUUCCAGACUCUCACGUGGUACGUAGCACAUAGUAGCCCCUUAUUAACUGUCUCAUCAAAUAAGCGAAUUGUGGAGACUCCCCAAGGCUACAGCUUAAAUCCAGGCUUUGGUUGUUUGGGAUGGUGUCCCUUAGCUGGUCCCUUGCAGAUGAAUUCGGUCAUGACACCUGCUUCUCAUCAUUUGCUGUGAUGGCGUUUCCCUGUCCCCCAGGAGAAAAGAGGUCCAGUGAUACCUUUUUUCAUUUGUAUUAUUUUGUAGUGUGUGAUUUCCCAUUUCUGUGUUGAUUCUUAAAAAAUUUUAAUAAGGAGAUAAUUGUUUAAGAACACAGAGCUUCUUACCAGUGGUCAUCGCUAGACUGGAGGGUCAUGGCUAGUUUAUUUUCUUCUUCACACUGAGGUACAAUGCCCUCAUGCUAAAAACGAGAAUGUAAGAAGGUGAUGUGAAACCAUUUCUACAAACCACAUGUCCCAAAGCAGGUGUUCAAAAAUGCCAGUAAUUCUUCACUCCAACAAAGACAUCUUCUUUUUUUCUUUACCUCCUUGUCCACAGAGCAGCCCUCACUUCUAAAGCUCUUUCAGCCAGUUCCUACAUUUAGGUCUUUGAUAAGAUUUUGAGUCUGUUUUUGUGCGUGGUGUUAGAUAAGGGUCCAACGUCACUCUGUUGCAUGUGGAUGCCCAGUUUCCCAGCUCCCUUUGUUGAGAAGCUCUGUAUUGAUCUUGGCACCUUGUCAAAAACCAUUUGAACGCAAGCAUCAUGUCUUGUUUCUAGGCUCUCAGUUCUGCUCCAUUGGUCCACAUGCCUGUGUUUAUGCCAUUACCACAAUGUUUUGACAAUUGUAGGUUUGUAGUAAGUUUGGAAAUCAGGGGGUAUGGCUCCUCCAGCUUUGUUCGAGGUCAUUAUUUUGGCUGUUCAAUGUCAAUUUCCAUAGAGAUUUUAGAAUGGGGUUUUAGGCUAUCUUUGCAAAAAAUGUCUUUGGGAUUUUGAUAGAACUUGCACUGAAUCCAUAGAUCGUUUUGGGUAGUAAUUUCAUCUUAAUAUCAAGUUGUUCAAUCCAUAAGCAGAGGAUAUCUUUCCAUUUAUUUGUGUUUUCUAUGGUUUUUCGAAGAAAUACUGUAGUUUUCAUGUAUAAGUUUUGCAAGUCUUUAGUUAAUUACCAAGUUUUUUAUUCCUUUUGGUGGCUACUGUAAAUGAAAUUGUUUUCUUAAUUUCCUUUUCAUAUUGUUCAUUGUUAGUUUAUAUAAUGUAACUCAUUUUUAUUUUUAAUUUUUUAUCUUUCUAUUUUGUUGAAUUCAUUUAGUGAUUAUAACAAUCUUUUCGUGGACUGUUUCUGGUUUUCUGACAUCACCUGUGGACAGAGAUGACUUGGCUUCUUCCUUCCCGACUUGGACGCCUCUUAUUUCUUGUCGCACCUGACCGCUCUGGCUGGGGCUUCCAAUGCUGUGCUAAAUACAAGUGGCAGAAGCAGGGGUCCUGGCUUUACAAAGUUACUCUGGUUCCAAAGAACUUUGUAAUAUUGAAUCUAAAGCCUAUGAGGAGAGAAUUUAAAAGACAAAACAUUGGUCGCAGUUUAGGUGCUAUCCUUUUUUUCUGUUUGGAUUUCCCCCCUCAUUUUACAAAUUGCAUCACAUGUACAAACAGUCAGCAACGUAACUGAAAAGUGGAAUCCAACCCUUUCACAUUGUAAAUGCUGCUGCGAAAAAUGAAGUCUGAGAAAAAUAA